AUGAGGCCUACCUCUUUUGCCGGUGUGGCAUUGUUUGCCUCUGGUGCCUUUGCCCAGUACUACCAGCGCCUCGGAGGCUGCCCCUCCCUGGGCUGUGUCUUCCCUCCCGACCAGGCCGACUUCCUUCCUGGACAGCACUUCGAUAUCCGUCUCGAAGUCCACUCGCCUGUGAACGGUUCAGAGGCACGUGAGGGUGUCCCCGACCCCAACUUCAAGUUCACAAUCGGCAAGAAGGGUCAAGCGGGCGUUGCUGUGACCGAGUUCUUCGACGUUGAAGAAGCUGAGCUCGAGAACUGGUCCUUCAGCUGGUACGAAGACCUCUUCGCUGAGGAUGCCGGUACCCCCUCCCUUGUCAAUGUCACCUCCAAGGCCUACCGACACGUUGCUCUUUACGAGCCCGGCGAGUAUGAGGCUAUCCUGAGCUACUACGGCGAGGAACAGACCGUUGCGAACUGGCUCGUCCGUGACAUCCCCAAGAAGCGCCGCGCUAAGAACGUCGUCCUUUUCGUCGGUGACGGCAUGACCACCAACAUGAUCACUGCUGCUCGUCUGAUCGGCCACAAGUCAAUCAACGGCAAGUACCAAACGACGAUGCAAUUGGACAAGUUCCCCGUCCUUGGUCACCAGAUGACGCACUCCAUGGACUCCUUCAUUACCGACUCUGCCAACUCCGCCACUGCUUUGUACGGAGGCCACAAGACCACCGUCAACGCUCUAGGUGUCUACGUGGACUCGUCCGAGGACCCCUUCGAUGACCCCAAGUUCGAGCUUCUUCCUGAGAUCUUCCGUCGCCAGCACCCCAACGCUGGUAUCGGUAUUGUCUCCACCGCUUUCCUUGCCGAUGCCACUCCUGGUGCUCUGACUGCCCACACCAGUGACCGUGGCGAAUAUGACCACGUUAUCAGCACCUUCCUCGAGGGUCUGACUGACUACGAAUGGACUACAUUCGACGGCCCCGACGUUCUCUUCGGCGCUGGUGCUGAAAACUUCAUCACCAGCGAGGACGCUCCCCGUGACUACUAUCAGCUGUUCGCCGAGAAGGGGUACACCCUUAGCUUGAACAAGACUGCUCUUGAUGCUGUUUCCAACGAGGAGAGGGCCCUCGGUUUGUUCGCCGUGUCCAACCUGCCCACCUGGCUUGACCGCAACGUCUACCAGGACAACCUCAAGGAGCUGGGCAACCACCCCUCCGGCUCUGGUGAAGACGCCCUGGACCUCCCCGGUCUCAAGGACAUGACCGUCAAGGCCAUUGACAUCCUCGACACCCGUCGCCGCGAUGAGGGUUGGUUCCUGAUGGCUGAGGCCGCCAGCAUUGACAAGCAGAUGCAUACCCUUGACUACGACCGCUCCCUUGGUGAGCUUCUUGAGCUCGACGACACGGUCAAGGCCACCGUCAAGAGGCUCGAGGAGCUCGGUGUCCUCGAGGACACCCUGGUCCUCGUCACUGCUGACCACGGUCACGGUUUCGAUGUCACUGGUGCUGUCGACACCGUCUACCUCGAGGAGCAAGAGGACGACCGUGACAAGCGCCGCGCCAUUGGUAUUUACCAGAACUCUGGUCUUUCACAAUACACUGUUGAGGGAUCCAACGCUCUUCGCUACUCCGAGGGUGUCCAUUUCCCCGCCCGCUGGGAUCCCCGCUACGCCCUCCACGCCGGCACCGUCGCCUUCCCUGACCACCGCGAGAACUACAAGGUCCACAAGGACGGCCCUCGCACUCCCGCCGAGGCCGGUGCUGAUGGUUACUACGCCAGCUACAAGGACGCGGUCUCUGGUUUCCUCAUCAACGGAACCCUCGCUCCUGAUGCCAACCAGGGUGUCCACUCCCUGACUGAUGUCCCUGUGUUCGCCCAGGGUCCUUGCCAGGAGCUCUUCGGCGGAGUCUACAACUCCAACGACAUCUUCUUCAAGAUCGCCGAGUGUCUCGGCCUGGCUGAGACCAAGGGCGGAGCCCACGAUGGUGAGGAGGGUCACUGCAGCCCCAAAUACUAA